AUGUGUGAUUCGUUGUGCUCUGUCCUUUGGGGGCAGACUUUGUGUAAUCUGGCAGUUGGACUGAGAACAAGAAAAUCUGAUUUCAACAUGAAAAUUCAAGUGGUGCUGCUUCUCCUGCUGCUCUCCUGCCUGAGUCUCAGCAUGGCCCAGGGCUCUUACGGGAACUGCUGCCUGAAAUAUGUGCGCAAGAUGAAGUCAAAUGUGAGGAGAAGUGUUGUGGAUUACAGGAUGCAGGAAACAGAUGGCGAUUGCAACAUGAGAGCAGUGCUGCUUUUGAUGAAGAGAAAGGGAGGAAAAAUCAGGCCGGUCUGUGCCAAUCCCUACGAUAAUUGUGAUAUUAAGUCACGGAAGCCACUGUCAGAGAGCAUAUAUCACACGUCUCCAACAUGUGGACUGGAUUAUUGCCGUCCAGAUUUGGAAUUUCCAUCCGCUGCCACAGAAUGUAAAUCAGUGUUACUCCCAUGUUGUUAUUUUUAG